CCGCGGCCGGACGUAAACACGCAAAAGCAGAGCGAAGCAACCCGAGCAUCUGGAUGGUCGCUCAAAUCCUGCUCUUAGCCUGUCUCUUUGACGCCUAACUAACCUGUGAUCUUUUAUUUGUAUUUCUUUCCAACUUCAGCUACAGUGUUAGCUAAGUUUGGAGAGGAGGAAAGGGAGAAAUAGCGUGUUUUGUUUCGUUUUUUCUUGCGUUGCCGCCUGCCGUAUCGGGUCUUCGCAGCGCUAGCCGGAGUCAACCCCCUUCUAUUACAAAAGAGGAGAGAUAACCCAGAAAGAAGAAAACUCACUAUUAACCUAGAUAUUUUUGUCUUAGGGAUCUAAAAUGGAUAACGCAGGACCAAAGAAGACUUUCUGUGAAGCUGUCCAGGACUUCUUUACCUCAGCCAAAUUCCUAAUUUACAUGGGGCAUGCGCUGUCAACAUGGGGUGACCGCAUGUGGAACUUUGCCGUUGCUGUCUUUUUGGUGGAGUUGUAUGGAAACAGCUUGUUGCUCACAGCAGUCUAUGGGCUCGUGGUGGCCGGCUCUGUCCUGCUUUUAGGGGCCAUUAUUGGGGACUGGGUCGACAGAAAUCCAAGACUUAAAGUGGCCCAGACUUCUCUGAUUGUCCAGAACAGUUGUGUGAUCGUGUGUGGGGUCCUCCUCAUGGUCGUGUUUCACUUCAAAGAGCAGCUCGCCGUCAUGUACAAUGGAUGGAUUCUGACCACCUGCUACAUCCUGGUCAUCACCAUCGCUAACAUCGCUAACCUUGCUAGCACAGCCAUGUCCAUCACCAUUCAGAGGGACUGGGUGGUGGUAGUGGCAGGGCAGGACAGCAGCAAAUUAGCAGACAUGAAUGCAACCGUACGCAUCAUCGAUCAGCUGACCAAUAUCCUGGCUCCGAUGCUGGUGGGGCAGGUGAUGGCGUAUGGGUCGCACUUCAUCGGCUGUGGGUUCAUCUCGGGGUGGAACCUGGUGUCCAUGUGUGUGGAGUACUCUCUCCUCUGGAAAGUCUAUCAGAAAACUCCUGCACUCGCAAUCAAGGCCGGACAGAAAGACCCACAACAGCAGGAACUCAAGGACCUCAGCCCUGUCAGAGAGCUGGAGAACGGUCAGAGCCCAGAAGAGUCCUCUCAGCCGCUCAUGACUGAUUCCGUGGCAACCAAUCCCGAAUCUCCACAGAAAAACGGCUGCUGUUACCAGGUUUCCGAGCCUCUCCGAACCCUUAAAUCCGGCUGGAUCUCCUACUACAACCAAAACAUCUUCUUCGCCGGCAUGUCCCUGGCCUUCCUUUACAUGACCGUCCUCGGGUUUGACUGUAUCACCACAGGAUACGCCUACACGCAGGGCUUAAAUGGCUCUGUGCUGAGUUUGCUGAUGGGCGCUUCUGCAAUAUCAGGAAUCUGUGGUACCGUGGCAUUCACCUGGAUUCGGAAAAAGUGCGGUUUGAUCCGUACCGGGUUCAUUUCGGGCGUGGCUCAAUUGUCCUGCCUUGUGCUGUGUGUGGUGUCGGUAUUUGCACCUGGGAGUCCAUUCGAUCUGACAGUUUCACCAUUUGAAGAUCUCUACACACAUCUGGUGGGGGAGAAGGCAUUGCCUGAAGCCGAUCACAGUUUGACAGGCAUGGUGAGCAGAGUGAAUGCUACUGCCAUGACGACAGCUGCGAGUAUGACCACGACUGCAGAGGAAGUGCCCCCCCUGCAGUCCUACUUGUCUGUGAGCCUGCUGUUCGCUGGAGUCAUUGCUGCUAGAAUGGGCCUGUGGUCCUUCGACUUAACAGUGACUCAGCUUAUCCAGGAAAACGUGGUGGAAUCAGAACGUGGCGUUAUCAACGGUGUUCAAAACUCCAUGAACUACCUUCUGGACCUUCUUCACUUCAUCAUGGUGAUUUUAGCCCCCAACCCUGAAGCCUUCGGCCUCCUUGUCAUCAUCUCCGUCUCCUUCGUAGCGAUGGGUCACAUGAUGUACUUCCGGUUUGCAUUUAAAAGUCUUGGUAGUCGCCUGUUCCUCUGUUGUUCGCCUGAGCAGAAAGUUGAAAAUGUGGAAAAUCCGUCCUCGCUAACUGCUGCCACUGUCUAAAAUUAAAAGAGACUCAAUUCUAGUUACAUUGUUUUUAUAUACCUAUUUCUUCAAGCUUUGCUAACUUCGCUAUUGCAACUAACAGCCUGCAUUGUUGUAGGGUAGAUACGUAACUUAAACUAUUCACUUUAUGUAAAACAAUUAGCAUUGUUUUUAACUGUCCCUGAGUUUCAGAAAGAUGAAAUGUUAGGACCUUUUCCACAAUUUACAAUUCAAGACAAAAUAUUACAUCUUAUAAAUGGUCAACCGUCCAGAAAAUGGCACCAUAUAACAGGAAGCUGGAACUCAUGAAUACCGUGGCCAGUCAUUAUUUUCAUGAGUUAGAGAGGGAUGAAGCAAUAUGUUACUUACUACUAGCUUGAUUUUCUUGGCCUUUUAGUUUAGCAGCUUUGUAGAAAACAUGCAAAUAUCCCUGCCUUCCAAUUUGGUUAUAAAAUCAGGCUUAAGACACGACAUGCACCCUACACCUAGCUAACAAAAAUAUUCAUGGGUCACUUUCAGCAUAUGAAACAUUUUCAGGACUGUUUCCCUUUCAAAAGAUUUUGAUUUAAAUUAUUAAUCACUAUGACCAUGGUCCUAAUCUUCAUCAUUGUGAAACUCACGAAUAGUUACAGUAGGUGCUUCAGCUUGGUAGAGUAGUUUUUAUUUCUAGAUAGCACCAACCAAGUUUAACAAUUUAAACCUAGAUUAGUACUAAUUUCCAUUUAGUUUAAAUCACGAUUACAGUUAUUGCUGACAUAAUCAAUGUCAGUAGGACUAAACACCUAAACUCCACCCACAACCACAUUUCAAGCUGCUAAAUGGUUACUUGGAAACCCAGAAGGAUCUCACUUUCUGUAUUUGUUAUACAGAUCCAUAUGCAUACCAGCCACUGGUACAGUGAUGAGUCAGGAUUUUUCCAGGUAAGAUAAAUGGAACAGUACCUGGAGGACUAAAGGAGAGAGUGGUGGGGGGUAGGGUGUAAUCAGGACAGGCUUUUGUGAUGUCACCAACUACUGGAAAUUGUAGGCCACUGAAGGCAACACACACUCAGAUUUGGGUGUUUUCUGCCAGAAAUCUACAAAUGUGCCUAGUUUGAACUAAAGUUGUUCAAGGGUCUAAAAAACACCAUAUACAUCAUAUACUUUAUAUGCAAAUUCAUACACAGUAUAUGAAUUUCACUUGUCUAAUCUACUAAAGGUUAACAUUAGACAAAACUAAUUAAAACAAAUAAUCGUAAUUAUUUUAGAAUCAAGCAACCCUCAUGUUAAUCCAUACAGUUUUAGUUUAAACUUUGCUCAUUUUAAAGUGCAUAUGACAGGUUUUCAUGUUUUUCUAAUUAUUACAUGGUUUGGUGGAGUAGUGGGUAAAUAUUUAUCAUUGUUUAAUUAGCAAUAAUUUGAUCUUAAAAUUAAUUCUUGUUGGUGCUAUCUACACUCUUACUCAUACAUAAGUGCUUUUCUGUAUUGUUGCUUCUGUGGCUUGCUGUGCUUUGCUUUCACAUAACUUUAACAGUCACUUACAGUGGUAGCGGUUCUCAUAUAUUUAACUAGGAUUUAGUCUCUCCAAACUGCACAUAAAUAAGACAGUUGUAUUUAUUCAGGUGAUGUUAGAAAGUAUGUUUUUGUUAUUGUUCAGUAUUGUGUGUGAGUGCUUGGACCAUACUAUGCACCGUUACCAAAGUUUAAAAGUCCAUAUGUGUGGCAUUCAAAGGGCGAGAGGGAAACUAAGCAUUCCAAAUGUAUAUUUUUAAAAACAUCAGGUGACAGGAAUGAGUAGUGUUCAUGCGGUUCUGGUCUUGGAAAAAUCGGGAAGUUUGUUUUUUGGAGUUGAGAAACUGGGAAAAAAAAACACACACACACACACCAAAACGUUACACUGAUUUAUGUCUUUAACUACAAAUACAGAACUCUUAAAAGGUGCAAUAUGUAACUUUUCUGAUAAGGGAUCUAUUUGUCUGGAAGGUUCCGCAGUAUAGCAUUAAACUUAUGUUCAUGGAGAUGAGAGGUGAUGCCACUAGGCCAAGUUACAGGUUAGUUCUCAGGAGUGGUGAGUCCACUCACUGUAAGACUCCAUGCUUUUGGCAAUUGACCCCCCCACACACCAGAAAUGUUACAUAGUGCUCCUUUAAUAGAGGCUUUGAACAAAAAAAAACAUGCCUUGUGGUCCUAUCUUUCAUUGGACCCUCUCUUAAAAAUGUAACUACAUUGUUUAAGUGCAGUUAGUAUUUUUGUAUCAACUUAAUUUUAUAUUAUAAUUUGGGAAGAAACAACUUCUCAACUCGGAAAAAAACACUUUUAAAAGACCAAAUGAACAUCAUAUUUUCACAGAAGGUGUUUUAUACCAGUUAUAUUUAUCUAUUUUACUACAUACCGACAUAAUACUGCUUAUAAUGUACCUUACUCUUAGUUUACUGUGAUCUCUUUGACCUUUGAUUUCAAUGUUUGGAGUGAUUUUCAGACGUGAUUGUUACACAGGCACUUUAAGUAAUUGUUGAUCAGUACUUUUGCACAAUCCUGGCUUGCUCCUUUAUCCCAGUAGCACAAACUUGAUCUUGAUAUAGACUUAUUUAAUUUUGAGAGGGGUUGGUUAAAAAGGCACAUAUUUUAACCUACAAAAUGUAUUGUAAUGUUUAUUGAAAGAUUGUGCAUGUUUUCUGGAAAGGUUGGUCUCUUAAUUGUUACUUCAAGCAUUUAGCAGUUAGCAACAUGUGUGUAAUUGCACUUAGGUUAAUCAUUGUGACUUUACUUUUGAAUUUCUGUAUUGAUUCUUAAAGAGGGGGUAUUAUGCUAAAUCAACUUUUUGGAGCUUUCUGCUGCUAGCUUUCUUUCUGUUAUAACGUUGUUCCUUCAUCAAAAACAUAACCAAUUCAACUUGUCAUUUUCGGUGAAUAUAGCAUUUUCAAACCAACAAAAGGUAACCAUGGUGAUCUAAAUAUGUUGUGUGUUAACAGUUAAUACCUCCCCUUUAAUGCUUGCUGAAGAAAAUGGCAAUAUUCAAAUCAAAGCAUGCAAUUACAAAGAUUAUGCAGCUUAUAAAUGUCAAUAGUACUUAAGGGUGGGCCAUAUAAAAACACACUCUAACUCACAAUACUCGCAAAACUUGUCAGAAUAUUCACAGUUGGAUAUUUUGCCAGAUUGUUCAACUCUACAUACAUUUUUAACUUAAAGGCAAUGUUAAAAAUAUAUGUUUAUGAGUUGUCCUAAAAAACUUUAAUUGGAAUCUAGCGUUUUUUCUUAAAAAAAAAAAAAAAAAAAUCUAUAUCUGUAGUUUCUGUUGCUAUAUCGCCCACCCUAAAUUCAACCCAGCUUCCAUUAUAAAGCAAUACCAGCCAGAAUAAGUAUCUCCUGUACUGUAAUCCAUAGCUUCUUGGUAUAUCUUUUUCUCAGUACUUUUCAAGGCCUUAUUUUAUAACAUGCCUUCACAGCUGUCCAACGCACACGUGACCAAGUUCAAAGGUUACAACAGUUUUGUGAAAAAAAAUAAAAAUCCAUAGACAUAUAAGCCAUACUUAUUUUGAAAAUCCAAGAAUAACAAAGCACUAUAAUAUACUUCUAUCUAUGUAAUUCCUUCAUAAUGAGCAAUAUAAAACAAGUCAUUUUAAACUAGCAAUCAAUACUACAUCUACUACUACUAUAUCCUCACUUACUAUACUAAAUCAAAGUUAUAAUGGACAGUUCCAGCUUUUAAAAGUUGGUCAUUCAGGAAACAAUAUUUUUUGUAAAUACUUAAAAGUGUCUGUCAAUAGAAAAUGUUAAACUAUAUUGUAUGUUUGUAUUUGUGUUUUUUUUUUAUAUAUUUACAAAAUUUGAGUUUGGAGCGAUUCCAGUCUGAGUGCAUCAUAUGUACCUGCUUUAAUCUGUGUAUUUCAGUGUUAUUAUGUUUAUUUUACUACGGUGAACAAAAGAAAUCAAUGACACAAAAUCAUAUCUGUAGUAAUCGCACUCCACUUUUAUUGUAUGAUGCCGUUGGUACUGCUUGUAACGCAUGAAGUCUUGAAUAAAACAGAAAUGUAUUCAGAA